AUGGCCACCUCGUUUAUCUCCAAGCGCCUUCGCUCAACAGAGGAAGACCGCGACACUCAGCCUAGUUGGAUUCGGCGUCAGAUUGUAUCGGGCCUUCAGUCGAUCUCCCGCCGUGCCUGUGUGCACCCCAUACACACUCUCGUGGUGAUUGCCAUCCUCGCCAGCACCACCUAUGUGGGGCUUCUCGAGGGUAGCCUUUUGGAUACAACCAAAGACCCGCGCAGCGUCGCUGGACAUGUCGAUACCGAUGCACUUCUCCAGGGAAGCCGCAAUCUGCGGCUCGGAGAAUCAACUUCGUGGAAGUGGCAGGCGGAGGAUGCCUGGACAGACUCUCAGAUCGAGAAGCCCGGUGCUCAGCACCUGGCCCUGACCACCCUCAUCUUCCCCGAUUCCACCUCCAACUCUGUUUCAACUGCCCCCGCAGCUGAGGAUGUCCCGAUCCCCGCCAAUAUCUCCGCUAGCUCCGUGCCCUACACCCCGAAUCUCUUCUCGCAAUUCACACAUGAUGCGUCUUUGGUUUACACUGUGCCUUUCGACCAAGUUUCGGACCUGUUGAGGGCCGUGCAGGAGAUCCCUAAUCCGUCCACGGAUGAGGAUGAGGAGGAAUCCAAGAAGUGGAUCAUGAGAGCUGCUCGUGGUCCGGCAUAUGGAUCUCGCAGGGCUGUGAAGCUCUGGAUUGCGGAUGCUUGGAACUCUUUUGUUGAUUUGAUCAAGCACGCAGAGACCAUUGAUAUUGUCAUCAUGGCUCUGGGCUACAUCUCGAUGCAUUUGAGCUUCGUCUCGCUUUUCUUCUCGAUGCGACGACUGGGUUCCAACUUUUGGCUCGCGGCUACCGUGCUUCUUUCUGGCUCAUUCGCUUUCCUCUUUGGUCUGCAUGUGACUACUAAGCUCGGUGUUCCUAUCAACCUUGUCCUGCUUUCUGAGGGUCUCCCAUUCUUGGUUGUCACCAUUGGUUUCGAGAAGCCGAUCAUGUUCACUCGCGCCGUUCUGAAGGCUUCCGUGGAUAAUCGACGACCCCGUCCCGGUGCUGCUCCUGGCCCGUUGACCUCGAGCACCCCGAGAUCCAUUCAGGAAUCCAUCGCUGCUGCCAUCAAGGAGCAAGGUUUCGAGAUCAUCCAGCACUACUGCAUUGAGAUUGGUCUGUUGGCUCUGGGUGCGGCUUCUGGUGUCCAAGGUGGGCUCCAACAGUUCUGCUUCCUCGCUGCCUUGAUCUUGUUUUUCGACUGCGUGCUUCUCUUCACCUUCUAUACUACUAUUCUCUGCAUCAAGCUUGAGAUCACUCGGAUCAAGCGUCACGUGGCAUUGCGCAAGGCUUUGGAAGAGGAUGGCAUCACCCACAGUGUUGCCGAGAAUGUCGCUUCCAGCAACGAUUGGCCCAGCGCCGGUUCGGGCACCAACGAGGCAGAUACCAGCAUCUUUGGACGCAAGAUCAAGUCUAGCAACGUGCGCCGGUUCAAGAUCCUUAUGGUUGGUGGUUUGAUCCUGAUCAACGUCGUGAAUAUGUCGGCUAUUCCUUUCCGCAACACCGGCAACGGUGGCCUGCUUUCCCGCUUCUCCAGUGUCAUGUCUCCUACUCCCAUCGAUCCUUUCAAAGUGGCAGAGAAUGGCCUGGACACCGUGUAUGUGGCUGCCAAGAGCCAGAAGCAGGAGACCGUUGUUACUAUUCUCUCCCCGAUCAAGUACAAACUGGAGUACCCUUCCAUUCACUACGCAGCUCCUACCGAUUCAGGCUCGUUCGACAUCGAAUACACCGAUCAAUUCUUGGAUGCCGUUGGCGGCAAGGUCCUCGAUAGCCUGCUGAAGAGUGUAGAGGACCCUAUCAUCAGCAAGUGGAUUAUCGCCGCGUUGACUCUCAGCAUCAUUCUCAACGGCUAUCUCUUCAACGCUGCCCGUUGGAGUAUCAAGGAUUCCGAAGCCACUCAGGCCUCUCCCGCCGAGCCUGUGGCCGAGCCGAAGGUUUACCCUAAGUUUGAAGCAAAUGAGCAGAAGUCAAACCGAACCCCCGAGGAAUGCGAGGCACUGCUCAAGCAAAAGCGUGCCCCCAUUCUUACUGAUGAAGAACUGAUCGAUCUUUCCCUCCGCGGAAAGCUGCCUGGUUACGCGCUGGAGAAGUCUAUGGAGGACGAGACGCUGAUGAGUCGGGUCGAUGCCUUUACUCGUGCCGUGAAGAUUCGGAGAGCCGUGGUCUCCCGUACUCCUGCUACCUCUGAUAUCACUUCCGCUUUGGAGACCUCCAAGCUCCCAUACAAGGAUUACAACUAUGGCCUUGUCCACGGUGCUUGCUGUGAGAACGUUAUUGGAUAUUUGCCCCUUCCUCUCGGUGUCGCUGGUCCUAUCAACAUCGAUGGGCGAAACUACUUCAUCCCUAUGGCCACUACCGAAGGUGUGUUGGUAGCUAGCACGAGUCGUGGCUCCAAGGCUAUCAACGCUGGUGGCGGUGCAGUCACUGUCCUGACGGGUGAUGGUAUGACUCGUGGCCCCUGUGUCACUUUCCCCACUCUGGCUCGGGCUGCCGCUGCUAAGGUUUGGAUCGAUUCCGAGGAAGGUCGGAAUAUCAUCACCGCCGCUUUCAACUCGACCAGUCGGUUUGCUCGUCUCCAGAGCCUUAAGACUGCUCUUGCUGGAACCUACUUGUACAUUCGUUUCAAGACCACCACUGGUGACGCUAUGGGUAUGAACAUGAUUUCCAAGGGCUGCGAAAAGGCGCUAGACGUCAUGCACAAGGAGUGUGGCUUCGAUGACAUGUCCAUUAUCUCGCUGUCCGGUAACUUCUGCACGGACAAGAAGUCCGCGGCAAUCAAUUGGACCGAUGGUCGUGGUAAGUCCGUCGUGGCUGAGGCUAUCAUUCCCGGCGAUGUUGUCAAGAGUGUUCUCAAGAGCGAUGUCGACGCCCUGGUUGAGCUGAAUGUCAGCAAGAACUUGAUUGGUAGCGCAAUGGCUGGCAGCUUGGGUGGCUUCAAUGCCCACGCCUCUAACAUUGUGUCUGCCAUUUUCUUGGCCACUGGUCAGGAUCCUGCCCAGAACGUUGAGAGCAGCAGUUGUAUCACCACCAUGAAGAACAACAACGGCAACCUCCAAAUCGCUGUGUCUAUGCCUUCUAUCGAGGUAGGCACCAUUGGCGGUGGUACCAUUCUGGAAGCCCAAGGUGCCAUGUUGGAUCUCCUGGGUGUCCGAGGCGCUCACGCGACCUCGCCCGGUGAAAACGCGCGCCAGUUGUCUCGUAUCAUUGCUGCCUCCGUCCUCGCCGGUGAACUCAGCCUGUGCGCUGCGCUUGCCGCCGGUCAUCUGGUCAAGGCACACAUGGCUCACAACCGUAGCGCCGCCCCCACGCGGUCUUCGACCCCGGUGUCUUCUGCCGUCGGUGCCGCCCGUGGCCUUUCCAUGACCUCCAAGUAA